ACAAGAAGACGUGAAGUAGUGCGGAAAUGGACUUACGCUGAGCCCUUUAAAUACUUUAAUAUUCUUAUUUAAGUAUAUUUGUUACUUGUGUAUUAUUGAGGACAUGGUUAUUUUACAAUAGCAGUUACACUCGUGGACUCUGUGUACGAAUACAGUGAGUGGAGGGGGAUUUAACAAGAUAAACAAGCGACUGAAUGUGUAGUCUUUAUACCAACUCGAUUUUGUGAUAGAUAAAUAAAUAGGCUUUAAUGUCUGAAACUGACCCCUUUUCACUUUUUAGCUGUUCUUGUGAUGAGAACAGACAGUGUCAGUUUAUCAGAAUGAUGCCACAUAAGGAGAAGUAAGGGGACAAACUACGGGAGAAGAAAUGCCUCGUCGUUUGUUGUCAAUAUGGUUUUGGUUUGGAUCAGAUCGCGUUGGAUUCUGUCUGGGAACCUCUCUAUUGACAGCCCUGAUGCUGCUGAUGUACGCGGGGGGAAUCCAGGCUAGUCUCAGCCUCGGUCCAGGUGGAGAGUUCCCCAGAGUCAGAGAUGUGUUCCUGUAUGCUUUUAGUCACGAUGAUCUGCCCUCUCUGCUGGUCAGCGCUGCCUUCCUGUUGGUGGUGGGACCGUGUCAGGAGCGCCGCUGGGGUUCCGUCGCCUUCCUGUCCCUCUCCACCCUCACAACAAUCCUAUUACCUCUUCUCUAUACUCUGGUCCUCUGUGUCGGUGGGAGUGAGGCGAGUCGGAUCUGCGGUCACUCUGCAAUCCAGCUGUCCCUGUUUGCGGCGCAGUGUCGUCAGGUGGCUCAGAGGAGGCUGCUCAGGGUCUUUCCGGUCUGGUUGCUCCCCUGGCUUCUUCUGCUGAUAGGUCUCCUGCUGCUGCCCGGGACACCCGCCCUGCUGCACUUCUGCGCAAUAUUCAUCGGACACAACUAUUACCAGUCUUUCAUUGGGACUCUACAGGAGCUGGAGGAGGCCCGGCUCUUGGACUGUAUUCCUGAUUGGGCGUAUAUCCGUGCUUCAGCCCGGUUGAGAUUGCCAACCUACACUACCUCACAGAGCUCCAGAUCACAUUCUCAGAUGACGCCUGCAGAUCAGGCAGCUGCUCCCCCCAUGAGGGAUCCAUCUGUUUUUAACCACCACCCAUGGGUGGAUCCAGUGCCUGCCUGGAUAAUGAACGAGUCGGCUGCGCUGUCUGAGGCCGACGUGCUGGAGGAUCAGAUGCUCAGGGCAGGAAUACUGGCCUCAUUACAGGAUGCUCCUGACAACCCUGAUGCUAAAGUGGAAGUGCCCAAAUCCUCAGUUUCCUCUCUGCGUCUCCAGCAGCUGGAGAAGAUGGGCUUCCCCACAGAGAAAGCUGUAGUGGCAUUAGCAGCCUCCAAACAGCUGGAUGGCGCCAUUUCCCUGCUCAUUGAUGACAGUGUCGGAGAACAGGCCGUGAUGGUAUCAAAAGGGAAGCAGAGCACUUAACCGUUUGGCUCUUGUACACUAAACUGGACGAACAGUAUGCUUGGGUUUUGCUGAGCUUUCACUUUUUUUCCCCUGUGGGCUACGUACUUGUAUUACUGACUUUAGGAUCAAUUUAAGUGGGGAGGAAAGAGGUGUUUCUUUUUUCCAUAACUGUGAAUCUAAUCAUAUGAAGAGGCAAACAUGACAGCUUUGGAGACGAUUUCUCUGAAUGCAGAUUAAAUGCAUGUUGAUUGAAUGGAUUUCAUUUAUUUAUGCUGUAAUCUUAAUAAUGAAUGUUGCAACACAAAUAAAAACAGAUUUCUUAAAAAAAAUGAACAUUAUUUUAUUACAUCAAUCACUUAGACAGGAUUAUCUUAACACAGUAACACAGUUUCAAGAAAAAAAUGUAGAAUGAAAUAUGAAAUGGUUACACAACAGCAUACAAAAUAAUUGAUCAUUUUAAAUAGUUUCACAAUAAGUUUGAUAUAAGAUGAAAAAACAAGUAUCAUGUUUCUCAUCAGGACAGUUUAAGCUGUCAACAGUGGUACAAAAUAUGUUCAAGUUCCAUUAACAGUUUUGUUAUUCCCUGUGUGUGUGUGUGUGUGUGUGUGUGUGUGUGUGUGUGUGUGUGUGUGUGUGUGUGUGUGUGUGUGUGUGUGUGUGUGUGUGUGUGUGUGUGUGUGUGUGUGUGUGUGUGUGUGUGUGUGUGUGUGUGUGUGUGUGUGUGUGUGUGAGUGUGUAAGUGUGUGUAAGCUCUGGAAAUGGACAGCAAGUUUGAAGUUAUUUUCAUAAUGUCUCUGUUGAUAUGCCACCAAAACCAAUUUGUUGUGCUUUUGAGUUUGAGCUUUGAAGUAUGUUAAUAAACUAUUGUGUAUUUAA